AUUCUUAGUGUGAAAUGAAAAGAAAAAAAAAUGUAUGCAAAAUAAAAUAUCGGGAGCAUCCUGUAGGAGGGUUGAUGUUGGCCCGUGCCUGAUGUUCGCACCCCGCUGCUCGCACACACCAGUCCUGCCACGACCGCGCCGGAGAGCGGACCGCUCACCCCGUGACGUUCCCAAAACAAAAAUUCAAAUUUGGAACAGCCGAAGGUUUUUAUCUAAACAUCCGACGUGCUGGGGUGAUCGCCUGAGUCAGCGGCAGAACAGACAAAAAACAAACAGUCGUGAAAAGACUCUAUAAUGUUAUUUUACGUCGAUGAAGAUACGUUUCCAUACGUUUGAACAUGGAAGCAGCGCUGCCACACUUCCAACGUUUCGCUACCUCUAGAUUCUAUCAGCAGUACACCGCACCACCCGUUCGCAUCUCCAGCAACUACCUCCACGAUCUUAUUCCCCAACAGCAUCCGACCCUUCUCCAGCAAUAUCUUGCGUACUAUAAUGAACCCUUAGUACCACUUGACUUAUCACUCAAAUCCACUGCACCCAUAACGCCUCCAUGCACCCCACCGCCCCCCACUAAAAGAAAACCUGCCGAUGAAAACAAAAAUGAUAAACCACCGAAAAUAUUCAGAACGUUUGAAGAAACUGACAGCAAUAGUCAUUACGAAUCAAAUGAUAAGAGUCAGAAAAGGAAAUUUGAUGAUGAAGUAUCCAACGACAGCGACAGCCCUGAAGCCAAGAAGCUCAAAUUCACCAAGCAGUUUUUUGAGGAGCUUCGUAGUUGUUUGCCCAACGAAACAAGCAGUAACAAGAGCGAAAGAAGUUCCCCUGACAUAGUGGAGAUCAGGGACGUCGAAGAGAGACCAAAGAAAUCACCUAAACCCCCACAGCCUGUAAAGAAAAGCAAAGUCGUGAGGCGUCUUAUGUUCGACGAAGACAAAACAUCACCAGUGUCGGGAACUAUCAUCAGAGAUCUCGCUGAGGACGAGACUUUAGUAGUACGGAAGGGUGACAUCGAUCCAGCCUUCAAUGUGGUCGAGGUGACAGAGGAAGCGAAGGCUCUCAUUGCUACGAUUGAGAACAAAUUAGGACGUUACAUAUGCAGACUGUGUCGACGACUGUACAGCGACGCGUUCGCGCUAGCACAGCAUCGCUGUUCCCGGAUAGUUCAUAUUGAGUACAGAUGUCCUGAAUGUGAUAAGGUCUUCAAUUGUCCUGCAAAUCUGGCGUCCCAUCGCCGCUGGCAUAAACCGAGGGUGCCCGGUGCUAACAAGCGACGUGAAGUUCCAUCGUCUGAUGUAGGUCGUUUCUCGUGUCAGCAUUGCGGCAAGAUGUUCCGACGGCAGGCUUAUCUGAAGAAACAUCUGAUCGCCCACGAACAGCCUGAAGCAGAAGUAGAAAAAGAACCGUCAGCUUUCCGCCAGGUCCACGUGGAAUAUCCGACGUACCAAGCGGAGCCCUUAAUGGACAACAAUUUCAAUACCUUCUGGAACAAAAUACCAGUUCCGACGGAACAGAGCUGGGAGGACGUGCCAGUGAGAAGCCACUCAAACUGCUCCUCUGAGGAUUCCCGCAGCUUGGAUGUCACGGGAUCCGAGGAUGAGGGGGGAGGUAGUGGCGAUGGGUGACGUCAUGUCCUGCGGCCGGUGCCGCGUUUCCCAUACACAAUGACGCACACUCUGUAUCCAUAUUCAGCUUACAACCACGACAGCUCCCUCUUCUUCACAUAAAGCCUAUUAUCACAUGGACUUGAAAAACUAGAUGCCUAUUAGUAAAUUUCGAUCAAAUUCUAUCUCUAAGUUUAGUGUAUAUGUUAAGUAAAUCAUUGUACAUAUGAUCUUCUACAGCAACAUUCCAAAAUCACACGUCACGAUGUCAAACAUCCGACGCGUAGCUAGUUAGACGUUUUCAAUGUUAGUUGUAUAUAGCCUGGUAUUAGAUUAAUUAUUUAUAUUAAUAUUAAAUAUAAUAUAUCACUUUAUUUAAUACAAUUAUUAUUAAGUGAUAGUCGUAUAAAUCAUGACAUCGGAGACGAUUUCUUGGCAUGAGGCAUUUCGAUCGGUGAGUUGAAGGGUCACCGCAUCGAUCCGACCUGACCAUAUUUUUAGAUGCACCGCUAGCUGUCUCAUAAUUCUUUCACUGCAUAGGAAUUGAGUCAACUUUGUUUGUUAACUUACAUAAAUCUAUUCCAUAUAUUACAAUAACUUUAGAUAUUUUACAAUCUUUAAUUAUUUUUUUUUGUUUUCAAUUCUAGUCAUUUUAUUUAACAUAUAAGAUCUGUUUACUUUAAAAAAACAUUGAAUAUUUUUAUUUACAUUAUAUUAUUUUUGAUAAUUAAAUUAAAUUUACUGUUUCCUAGUCACUUUUAUAUGAUAAAAUAGUUUUAAGAUUCUAGGCUCGUUUACCUAAUCUAGUCCAAUUAAUCAAGUUUACUAGUCAUAUUUUUCUGCUAGUCAAAAUUAUUUUAUAGUAGGUAUAUCGUAAAAGUAUCACGCAACAUUAAUUAAUGUUUACCUUUUUUCUUUAUUAUCUAGUCAUUGCUUUGAUCUCAAAAAUAAUUUUAUUUGAGAAAGGUUCUAGUCUUUGAUAUUUUUACCAAAUAAACUAGUCAAAAAUUUAAUAGCACUACAUUAAUGUUUUAUUCGAACAAGUGAAAUUAUUUUACCAGUCAUAAUUAUUAGUUUACUAUUAGUUUUACAAAGAACCAAGUGUUGAGGAUUGUAUUACUAUCAAAGGCAUAUUUCUUUGAACUGUUGGGGAAAACCGUGGAAAGAAAGUCUUAUAGAAUGGUAAUCCUGACCUUAGACAUCCAAAAUAAUCUAGUCAUUUGAUGUUUAUAUAUAUAAUAUCAUUAACAAAUAGAAUCUCAAUCUACAAGUAAAUUAAAUUUAGCCGAAACAUCACACUAUAUUCGUUUUCUUAACAAAACAAAUGAUACAAUCAUCUAACUUAGAAAUAUGUAUAGUACAAUAACGAU